CUGUCAACAAAUCGUUAUCAAAACAUUACAUAGUUUGGCAGUUAAGUAAAGUGCAGAGUCAGAUUUUAGAUUUCAAAGUCCGAUUUCAGUUUCGAUUUCAUUUCAAAGUAUUGUUCAUUUAUAGGAUGUUCUGUCACAAAUGUGGAGGACCACUUGUGAAUGGAGCCUUGUUCUGCUCGUAUUGUGGUGCAGGUACUCCACGGGGCAAUUUUCAAGAUCAAGCAAGAGGACAAAGAAAACAACCUGCAUUAGUUCAUCGCCCUGAUCAUCGCUUGUAUCAAAAUCCAAACUUACUACAGAGACAAGGCCAUUACAAACCCAAUCUACAACAACAACAAGGCCCUCAGCUUUAUCAUCAACCACCACUAGAGCUUCAACAAACACGUCCUGUUUACCAAACAACACAUUAUAUAGCAAAGCAAGAAACAUUGACAACAUCAACAACAGCUGUAUAUUACCAAGGAAACCCUAUGGGUGGGGGCACCGUUCUCCCUACAGGUCAAUGUCAAGCUAUGAUAAUGCAACAGAAUUAUGCAAACUAUUCUCAAGGGUACCACACACAAUCCCAAGGUCAACCAUCUAGCUUUCCUCCCAAGCCAAGUCGUAGAAACCAAGGGUUACCACAUUCUGAUUACCAAGACCAAGUUGAUAAACUUCCACGAAAGCCAGCACCCAAACAACCGCAACCACGCUCAUAUACCCAGAAACAGCAGACAAGUGGGCAAGCAAAAAACAAAGCUCUGCGCAAGCCUCAGGAGGCAUCAAGCGAGAAACGUACCUAGGGAUGAAGAAAGAACUAGAGCCCUUCGGAUUCGGAAUCUUCUGAAAGUUCGGAAUGGUUAUCGACAACGAAAACGGCUCGUCAACCAUUGUAAAUGAAAAAAAAACAGUCGCUAGUCAAGUGUCUCGAUUUUCCUCAAUCGUUUAAUUCUUGGAUUAACAAUAAAAAAUAAAAAAUAAAUCGAGUGUUUUAAUAAAAUUUAUUAUUUCUUAACCCAUUUCUUUAAGAAAUUCCUUUAAGCAAACAGCGAGGACCCUGAUGAGACACCGCAUCAUGUGGCGUCACAUCUGGGUCUACGCAGUUUUCCAAGGCUUUUUUUCUAGACGCUUGGCAUAAAUGGGUUUAUGCUAUUAUUUUUGUUUACCUUUAAUACUUGUAAAACUGUGUCUAGAUUUAGCUCUGUCUUUGUCGAAUACGCUGUUCAGUGAACUCUUGAAGCGUUUUGUUAUGCAUUUUUUGUAUACAAAAUAAAUCAAAGCGCUGAA